AUUCGCCUUGAUGGCAACCGACACCAUGGCAGCAAGCCUGGGAAGAACCAAACGGGGCAUUUAUGGAGAAAGUUACAAUGGAUGGCAAGCACCUCAGAUCAGAACUAUCCAUGUACCAGUGCAUCACGAGCAUGUGAAACACGUUCACGUACCAGUUCCAGUGCCCCAGCCAUACCCUGUAUACAAGGAGACUGUCAGACAUGUUCCAGUUGACAGAAUAAUCGUGAAAAAAGUUAUUGAACAUGUUCCUCAACCAUAUCCUGUCAUCAAGGAGGUGGUGAAACAUGUUCCCGUGGAAAAAGUCAUUAUCAAGAAAAUUGCCGAGCCAUAUCCAGUGGUCAAAGAGGUUCCAGUCGUAAAACAUAUCCCAGUAGAAAAGAUUGUUCACGUGCCACAACCUUACCCAGUUGAAAAAGUCGUUGUUAAGGAGGUAGUGAAGCAUGUACCGGUCCCAGUUCACCACGAAGAACAUCAUGAACAGCCACAGGAAUUAACUGUUCUCGUUGAAGACCAACAUCAACAAGGAUAUGCUGGUAAUGGUGUAGCAGACAAUGGAUGGAACGCACCAUCAUCAAGUGGAUAUGAUGCCUCAGCAGGAUGGGCUGAACCACAAUCAAACGGAUGGUCAAAAUAAGCGUAUUAAAUCUAGUCAAGAGUCCAAGCAUACAAAGCCGGACUUUCA